GGGGACCAUGAAUGUGACUCCAUUCAGUUUAGAAUUACUUGGAGGGUUUCCCAGGAACUUCUCCCUAUUCCCUCCCAGUAGCAACCAGAGCUUUUGGGAGACUGUCCAUUUAAACAUCAACCUGCUGUUCUCGGGUUAUGAACCCACCACCAUUGUCUUGGGGGUGAUCUACACUCUGUCCUUCAUCACUGGGUUAGUGGGCAAUGUCAUGGCUUUGAGGGCGCUGACCAGGAAGCGGAGAAACCGACUGGCCGGCGCCGCCGCUACCCGCAGUCUGCUGGUCAACCUGGCGACCUGUGAUAUGAUGGUGGUGUGUAUCUGCAUGCCCGUGACUCUGGGUCAUCAGGUCUACAACGCCUGGGUGUUUGGGGACUUCAUGUGCAGGGCCGUUCCGUUUGUCCAGGCGGUUGCAGUCUCCGCCAGCGUCUUAAGCCUGGCGGUGAUAAGCCUGAACCGUUACUACAGUGUGCACAGCCCCCUGCACGCCAGGGCGUUCUUCACCUGGAGAAGGAUCUGCUACAUGAUCGCCGGGGUCUGGCUUCUAUCGUCCGGCCUCUGCAUGCCUCUCAUCUUCAUGAAUCAGACCGAAGAGCUGGUGCUGCUGGACGGCAGGCUGACCAUCCCGGUGUGCACAGAGAGCUGGUCCUCGCUGACGCUCAGGCAGGGCUAUAACUUCCUGCUGUUCUGCGCUCUCUAUGGCUUCCCGGUGCUCUUCAACCUCCUCAUCUGCUUCCUGACCGCCCGGCGUCUCUGGAGUAACCAGGACCGAUUCCAGGAGGGGAACAAGAGGCAGCUGGUAGGCAGCAGCUCCCGUCUGAAGACCCGCAAGAAGAUUGUCAAGAUGGUAGUGGCCCUGGUUCUCCUCUUCACCUUGUCCUGGCUGCCCUUCUACGUGAUUGACAUCUGGAUUGACUUCAGCGUUCCCAAUGCCCAGCCAGACGGUGCCCACCAGGACUGGGUCCUUCACGUCAGGUCCUUUGCCCAGUGGUUAGGUCUCACCAACUCCAGCCUCAACCCGCUGUGCUACUGCUUCAUGGGCAACCUCUGCAGGUCUGUGAAGAGGAUCAAGAAAAGCUACAGGGAGCGAAUCUCUUCCGCCCUCAACCUGAACGUGUCUCAGACUCCAUCCAACUCCUCGAUGCUGCUGGGUUACCGAGCUGCCAAUGACAUCCCCAAAACUGACUUCACCAACUGGACAGGAGGCCCAACCCUCACCAAAGGCGAAAGUGGAUCUUCUGGAACUAUUUGCGAGACAGCCUUCGAAUGAGCCCUGGAAACCUUUAACUGUAGUGAACUUGUUCAGACAUGAGAUACUCCAGUGCUCUUUACCAGACCCACUUUAUCCCGAGUUUGCACUCCGUCAAGUAAUCAGGAGUAUGAUUUCUGUGAAGUUGUUUCGGUCCCUGCUCCUACACACACACACACACAAAAACUUACCUCUUCCUGCAAUUUUCCUUUGAAACGGGCGGGAGCGCUAUUGAUGGGUCAAUAUUCAGUCCCGGGGUUAUUCCUGCCUCGUUCAGGAGUCGGCGUGCAUCAUGUAUCAUAAGCCCUCAGAUCAAAAGAGAAGUGGGAUCCAAGGACAAGUGCCCCUCCCUGCGAUGCGAAGGGUAUGAUUCUAUGACUCUAUGAUUAAGACUGAACCAGCUGCCACCUCAAGGAAAAUCGCCACCUAUUAAAUAUAGGCAGAUGGUAAAAUGAAAUUACAGCAUUGUAAUGGACGGAGAAAAUAUGGAGUGUAGAUAAUCAUUGAAAAUAAAAGAAGUAAUAACAUUCUGAUUAAGUCACUCGGGCAUAGCCCCAAGGUGUUGCUUUCUGACUUUGCAUGAUACAAUAGUCUUCCAGGUUUACUAUUCGGAGCUUUGGAUAUUUUAUAGCAUUAAACAGUAACACGAUAAUAGUGUUGAGGUUCUGGAGAAAGGCUCUCUUGUUGAACAGAACACAAAUAGAUUUAGUUAAAAAUCACACCACACCAGGUUAUAGUCCAACAGGUUUGUUUGGAGGCACU